GGACGAGUUCUAGGACAGGGCCAGCGGCAGGGCAGGUCCCAGUGCAGGGCAGGGAUUUGCAGCAUGUGCUCGCGAGUCCACCCUCAGGCCUGGAGAGCACGCACUCCGGCGCCUAGGGCAGAGUCAGCUUCCUGCCGGUUUCAGAGACAGACGGCCUUAGUUGUGCGGUAACUGGGUACGUUUGAACCCACAGGCUGCACCAUGUUUCGCGAACUCAGCGGGCGUAUUGGGGCAAGUGAAUGGACCAGGUGACAUCUCCAAGUUCAGGUGGUCAUCUCAGUUACCUAGCCAGCCGGCUGGACUAACGCUCCCUGUGGGAGCAGACACCCCGAGGAGCUGUGCUUUGCAGUUAACAAGUUUAAAACCCCAGCGGAGCCAGAAGAGAGAGGCCGGCUCUCGCCGAGCCCACCCCGAGUCCGCAGGGCCCAGCGUGCCGCGCAAACGCUACGGAGUUUGAGCCUCGCGGCUCUCUGUUCUCAAGCCCUCGGCGCGGACGCGCUCCCGCGCUUUCUGGCGUGUGGGGUCAGAGGGCGCGUCGCCGCGCAGGCGCACGGAGCUGAGGCAGUGGCGGCCAUGGGCGAGGCGGGGGACGUCGAGGAGGCCUGCUGGCACGUGGGAGCUAAAGAAGAAUUCGUGAAAGUCCGAAAGAAGGAUCUGGAACGGCUGACCACUGAAGUGAUGCAAAUCCGGGACUUCUUACCCAGGAUCCUGAAUGGGGAAGUACUGGAAAGCUUCCAGAAAUUAAAGAUUAUGGAAAAAAACCUGGAAAGGAAAGAGCAAGAAAUAGAGCAACUGAGGAUGGAUUGUGAGCACUUCAAAGCUCGCCUGGAGACGGUGCAAGCUGACAGCAUGAGAGACAAGAAGGAGAAACUGGUUCUUCGACAGCAGCUGAAUGAAGCGAAGCAGCAGCUCCUGCAGCAGGCAGAGUAUUGUACGGAGAUGGGAGCAGCAGCCUGUACUCUUUUGUGGGGUGUCUCCAGUAGCGAGGAGGUCGUCAAAGCCAUUCUAGGAGGGGAUAAAGCUUUGAAGUUUUUCAGCAUCACUGGUCAAACAAUGGAGAGUUUUGUGAAGUCACUGGACGGGGAUGUCAAGGAGCUUGAUUCUGACGAAAACCAGUUUGUUUUUGCUCUGGCCGGAAUCGUAACAAAUGUUGCUGCCAUAGCAUGCGGUCGUGAAUUCUUGGUUAACUCCAGUCGAGUGCUCUUGGACACCAUGCUGCAGCUUCUGGGAGACCUGAAGCCAGGACAGUGUACCAAACUCAAAGUGUUAAUGCUGAUGUCCUUGUACAAUGUGAGCAUCAAUUUGAAAGGCUUGAAGUACAUCAGUGAGAGUCCAGGAUUCAUCCCUUUGCUGUGGUGGCUUUUGAGUGAUCCAGACGCAGAGGUGUGUCUCCAUGUAUUGCGACUUGUCCAGUCUGUGGUUCUGGAACCAGAAGUCUUCUCGAAGUCCGCCUCCGAGUUCCGGAGCUCCCUGCCCCUGCAGCGCAUCGUGGCCAUGUCCAAGAGCCGCAACCCCCACCUGCAGACUGUGGCCCAGGAGCUCCUGGAAGACCUCCGUGCUCUGCAGCAUGAUGUGUAGGGGCACUUGGCGUGUCCCUUCCCCUUCCCCAGGUCCCCACUGUGUAUUCUGAAACCGUCACCGUGUGCCAUAUGUUAUAGAUGGCAAAAUGUGAUUGCCUAGAGAUGGGCCUGAAUUGAUAUGUACCUCCCUCACUUCGUCCUGGAAGUGAACGUACUUUGGGUGGUUGGUUAAUCUUGCCAAAGGGGAGCCUGAGAGAGACUCCUUCCUUCCAGAAAGGCCCGUGUCAGCUGUACCUGGAAGAGGGCCUUCUGAGAGCGGCUCCUGCUGCUCCGGAGACUUCCCCCGUAAGAAUGGGAGAUUAAAUAACCAUCUCCUCUGUUGGUCAGCAUUUUCCUGAGACGCGCUUCUUUGACAAGUGAUUCAUUCUCUCUCUAGUAAUUAUAAUGAGUGCCCCCAAAUGCAGAUGUACCUUUAAACCUUUUGGUGAACCUGCUAUUUCAGAUGACAUUGGACAUUUUAGUUCUUUAUUUUUGUGGCUCUUUUAUUUUUGAAUAAAGGAAGUCAGAAGAGUCAUUGAUGUGCAACAACUAUUGUUUUAGACAUAUCGUAAACUUGAUACUAGGAAGUUGGCUGUUACAGUGCAUAUGCUUGGUUUGUAGAAAAACUCGUUCCGUUCUUCUGGGUCCUUUGGCUGUAAACUCAGAAGUUCAGAUUUUGUAUCACAGAUAACAUGGAAAGAUGCUCCUGGAUUGGAGCGCAUGCAUUUGGUUGAACUUCCUUACAUGAUGUACACGGUGUGUCCAGGGUCCCCUCACCACAUAUCUCCUUCUCAUCUUCACCCAGCCUGCUGCAGAGAACAAAGGAGGAGACACUUCACUUCUCACAGAUAGCACGACGUGUGAGGGCGGGAGUUCCGCCUCAGUCACUCCUUAAAGUCACGUGAGGGAACGUGUUCCCUCCUUUCUUCUAUGCUGCUUCCCCCCGUGAGAUGCUGCGGGUCCUUGGACUCCGGGCGUCCUGUAAGAGCGGGAACAAAUGCAGGCCUGCCCUUCCAGGGGACUUAUGAACUGUUUCUGCUGUGUUUGACAUUUUCGAGUGACUUCAUGUUUCUGUUAAGUAGGUUUUUAUGUGCAGUUUAUGGCUGAGGCCGAAUGAAGGAGCUUAGGGGAAUGCACAGUUGCUUGGAUUUCAUGAGCCAACACAUUGUGCAACACCAGUUACCAGAGCAGAGCAAUGUUGUAAAAGGCACUUUAAAAUUCAGGGAGGCAGA